GAGGCCCAGAUUAUACCUAAGGGUCUUCCUGCUCCUUCUAACCAGUUUGAGCUAACUGGUCCGAUCACCCCUGCACACAUACAUCCCACUCUGGGAAAGGCAGGACAGGGCCUGGCUGGCUCCAAAGGGACACUGUAACUCCCUCAGUCUCAGCUCCAGCCUGGCACCUGCUCUGCCCACCCCCGUACAGCAGUGCCUCCAGCCUCUAGCUGGCAGCUGCUAGGACCCAGGGGGCUGGCGCCAGGCCCUGCCCCUCCCUUGCCAGCUCCGUGUGUCUCCAAAGGACAACAUCAGAGUGACAGCCAGUACCAUCUCCGACAGAGGCUGAGUUGCUGGAGCCGGGCUGGGGCAAGGGGAGAGCGCCGGCAGGCUCAGACUUUCACUCUCCAAGGCACCAGCCAAGCCCCCAAGAGAAUGGUAGCCCGAGUGUUGGAGUCCCCUCCUGGGCAGCCUAUGAGGUGAGGGGCCAGAGGAGCAAGGGACAGGUAAUGGGAAGUGAGGCGCUGAAGGAUCCCGUCCACCCUCUGCGUAUCACCACAGGUGAAGCCUGAGCACUCCAAUGGCCAACACCACAGUGCUGAUCGUCACCGUCACCGAACUCGCAGGCUCGGUAGGCUUGAUCCUGGCUGUUCUCGUGGAGGUGGGGGCCCUGCUGGGCAACGGGGCACUGCUCGUCGUGGUGCUGCGCACUCCAGGACUGCAAGACGCGCUCUACCUGGUGCACCUGUGCGUAGUGGACCUGCUAGCGGCCGCCUCCAUCAUGCCGCUGGGCCUGCUGGCCGCGCCCCCUCCCGGGCUGGGCCACGUGCGCCUGGGCCCCGCGCCGUGCCGUGCCGCACGGUUCCUCUCCGCGGCGCUGCUGCCCGCAUGCACGCUCGGUGUGGCCGCGCUUGGCCUGGCGCGCUAUCGCUUCAUCGCACAUCCGCUACGGCCAGGCGGGCGGCCGGCGCCCGGACUUGUGCUCACGGCCGUGUGGGCCACCGCCGGGCUCCUGGGUGCGCUGUCCUUGCUUGGGCCACCGCCCGCGCCGCCCCCAGCGCCGGCGCGCUGCUCUGUCCUGGUCGGGGGUCUUGGACCCUUCCGGCCGCUCUGGGCGCUGCUGGUCUUCGCGCUGCCAGCGCUCCUGCUGCUCGGCGCCUAUGGCAGCAUCUUCCUCGUGGCGCGCCGGGCCGCCCUGCGUCCCCCGCUGCCUGCGCGCGGCGCCCGGCUGCGCUCAGACUCUCUGGACAGCCGCCUCUCCUUCUUGCCGACCCUCCGGCCUCGCCUGCCUAAGGGCAAGGCGGCCCUGGCCCCAGCUCUGGCCGUGGGCCAGUUUGCAGCUUGCUGGCUGCCUUAUGGCUGCGCGUGUCUGGCACCCGCGGCGCGGGCCGCAGAGGCCGAGGCAGCUGUCACCUGGGUGGCCUACUCGGCCUUUGCCGCUCACCCCUUCCUGUACGGCUUGCUGCAGCGCCCUGUGCGUUUGGCGCUGGGCCGCCUUACCCGCCGUGCUCUGCCCCGGGUGCCAAAAGCCUGGUACCCUCGAGCCCUUCUGCAGCGCCUCAAAGGACCCCCAGAUGGCCCUGCCCUAGGCCCUUCUGCGGCACCCCAGCAGGCCCGCGAAUUGGCAGGAGGACCCAGCCUGAGCCUACCAGAGACCACUUGAGAGCUCCCUCUCUUGACUGGAGAAAGGACGGUGCUAUCAGAGGAGACCUAUCCCACCUCCUGCAUGGGUGGCAGCAGGUGUUCAGCCUGGACUUUUGGCUCUGAAAUGGGAUUUUGUCUGCAGUCUGGCAAGGCCCAGAGACUUCUUAGGAAUCCUGGGUUCUGGGCCAAACAUGGCAUGGCCUUGUGCACAACCUACUCUCCUGAGACCUGUUUCCCCAUCUGUACCCUGAACCAUUUCUGAGGGCCCCUCCAGCACAGGUUGUGAAACUCAUGGAUGGUCCCCAAGUCCAGGGAGCACAGAAGGUGGCAGGGCCCACAGACAAAAGGUCCACAGCUAAAGUGAUGGGCCAAGCAGCGAAGGGUGUGAGGUAUAUCCACAGAAGGAGGAACCAGGGGAGAAACACUCAGAAGGACUUCCCUGAUAUCUGAACCAGGGAGAGGCUGGACAAAGCUACUGCUCUUCUAUCUACUUUUACAAUGUCCAGAA